CAUGUUGUUUAUAUUUGACAGAUAACCUUUUCUUUGUGUCUCUAAUUUUUUUUAAACAUUUGUCAUUUUAUUUUCAUUAUAUGAAUUCGUAAAUCAUUUAAAAAUUUUAUUUACACCAUUCUUAUAGUUUUGUUGAUUUUACUACGAAUUAUAAUCAACUAAUUGUUUAAAAAUGACAAAUAUUAGUGCACAAGAACCUAAACCAAUCAUUAAUGGUAAACCUCCUGCUGAAAAAAUAGGAGAUCAAGGAGGGUUUUUCGAUGUUGUUGUCAAACCAAUGUUCCAACAUGGUCAUGAGGGGGAACUUUGUAGUUGGCUAAAAGACACCAGUCUUAUAAGAAACGUUUUUUCAUGCCCUCAACCUGAAUGUGAAGGAAAAACUCUGACUUGGAGUGGAGCUAGAAUUGUUGAUAAAUAUAACUGGAUUUGUCCAAACUGCCACAAAAAACAAUCCAUUCGGGAUGGAUCAUUCUUUUUUGGUAUCAAAUGUGAUCUUAAAAUCUGUCUCCAACUAAUAUUAGCCUGGUGUCAAAAUAUUCCUCUAGAUCUUGCUGCUAUCAAUCUAAACAUCAAAGAGCAUGUAGUAAAAAAGGUUUAUGAAAGAUGUGGACAAGUUGCAGAAUUUUUUGUCAAAUCACAUCCUGAAGAAUUCCAACUUGGUGGGCCAGGAGUUAUUUUAUUAGUUGAUGAAUUUCCUGGAGGGAUUAUGAGUGAUACAAUUCCAGACAAUAUUGUAACAACGAAGAAACGUAACAAUAACUCGCACACAAUACUUUGCAUCACUGAAGCUAGUCAACUACCACCUAGAAUGUGGCUUCAUGUUAUUCAAGCAUUACCGGAGCCUAUGCAAAAAAAUAAAAACGAUGAAACUACUAAACAUCGAUGUGGAAUGGUCGAAGAAGCUUUAAAAGAAAUUGUGCAACAAGUUUUACCAGGAAGUUAUCUUGUAACAAAUACUCGUGCUCGUUGCUGUAAUUAUGAAUCUCUUCAAGAAUUGAAACAGUAUGGAGUCUUCAGUAUUGAAUAUUUACAAAAAUUUGAUGGUCCUGAUACCAAUAAACUUCUCAAUAAUUUGGCAACAAUCUGGCAAACUGGAGUAGCUAUUUGUGAAGAAAUUCAAGAAUCUACUCGUCCAAUGAGCCAACAAAUAAUUGCUACCAAUUUAUGGAAACAAAGAUUUGGCUCAGUCUCUUCUACUGCUUUUCAAUACAUGCUCAAUCAUAUUGUUGAAUGCUAUCGCUUCACUUGAACAUCACCCUGGUAAUCAACUGAUUCAACUAAAAAGCAAUAGCCUUACAAAGGCAGUAAUAACUAUUUUUUAUCAUAUUAGCGAUCAAUUUUUUAUAUAUAAGUCUUCCAAAGGAGCUUCAAAUGAUAUUGAGACUGACUCAAGUGCUCUUAAAAUGAAAAAUUAACUGAUAUUUUUAUAUCCGUAUAUUGUUACAAAACCAGAAUAAUUAGAGUAAAACGUUAUUAAAAGCAAUUUUAUUGGUAAAUUUUAACUAUUAAUGACUUAAUUCAAGUAUUGUUAAACGUUUAAGAUUUUAUAUAAUAACAAAAAUAACAAUUUUGCCGAGUAUAAUUUUUUUUGCUCAGGCAUUUUACGAUUUAUAUUUUAUUACUCAUUUAUAUAGUGUUUUAAAUUUAUAUAUAUAUGCACAAUUUUAAUUGAUUGUAUUCAUCAGUUAUCCAAUUUAUUCAUGUGAUAAUACGAUAUACCAUUGUUUUUCAAAAUCAACAUAAUCAAAAAACUCAUCAAUUCAUAAUGAUAUUACAAGUAAAAGAAAUAUUAAUUAAAUAUUGUUGAAAAUAAUUUAUUUAUAGUUUAAAAAUAU